AUGGCAGUGACAGACAAAACAGAAACAAAACAGGUUGCGUAUCGCAGAGCAAGCGCUAAUGAGAAGUCAACGACUGAAGUAACUAUUAAAUCUCAUGAUGUUCUGAGCGUGUUUUCUUCAUGGAAUAUUAUGAGCGGACAAUUCAAAGGUGGGAAAGUAAUAUUACCAGUAAUAAGCACUCCUCGGCCUGAAUAUCAUCUAAGUUUUAGAACGAUGGCACAUGCUGGACGCGCGGCGAAAAAGGUCAAAGUAACAACCGCCAAAAUUUACACAAAAACAGAAGUAAAUAAGAAAUCAGCAAGGUCCAAGAAUCAGUACCGCAAACGGAAAGCUAGGAAAUACUUAACGUUCAAAGAAUUUAUAAAAAGGCUUGGUAUCAUUUUAGAUAAUAAACCAUAUUGA